AUUUUUUUUUUUCAUUUCAGAGAAUUAGAGAUGAGUGUGUUUGAAGAUACAGCUAGUGCAAGCUUUGAGGUUUGCCGGGUCAACAAGGGUACAAAGUUUGGGAAAGGAGGGUCGACUUUCCGUCUCCACGAUUUCUUCGGGAAAACCGGGGAUGAAAAUGAAUUCUAUCGUAGUCUCGACCGUCUGGAAGCAGCUGCGAAAAUGUCCAGCUACAUCCAAUCUUCUUACGAGGAAACUGUGGGAGAUAUGCUGAAGAAACUAACACUAGCGUUGGACGGGGAAAUUGACAAGGUCAUGGAGCAAUGGGACAAUGAAGGGAAUGAAACUGAGAAGCAGGUGCCCACAUUUGGCCUGAACUUUGGAGCCAUGGGCCACUUGGAAUCGGAAUUCAUGAAAACGUACGCCUCGUCUGUUGGAAAAAGAAAGCUUCGUCGACUGAAACCUGUGCGAAUUGGUGGAGGAGACGACUCAGUCGCCAUCACACGUCGUCUUCGGGAUGUCGUUUUAAAGCAUUCUGGAACCAAUGCUGGCUUUGAAAGUGACUCGGGUGUUUCAUCGAGUCAAGACGAAGGAAUAGUGAAGGCGAUGCAAGACAUGAUUGCUGGGGUUCUGGAAAAUUCUGAGGAGGAUAAGGAGAACAAAAGCUCGUCGAAAAAGCUGAAGCGAUGCACGAAGGCAGAACUGACACGAAAAACGUGUACAGUUUUCCUAGUGGAGGGAUGUGAGACUAUGCCAGCGAAAAAGCUUAGGGAAAUUGUCUUGUGUGGC